AUGGGUGAUUUACCCUCGCCCAGAGUUCAACCAUUAAGACCUUUUGCAGUCACCGGUGUUAAUUAUGCUGGUCCAUAUUCUAUUAAGUCCCAAGUUGGGAGAAGAACAAAAACUUUCAAGUGUUACGCAUCCAUUUUUGUGUGUUUCUCAACAAAAGCUGUACACUUGGAGUUAGUCAGUGAUCUAUCAACUUCAACGUUUUUAGCAGCUCUAAAAAGAUUUAUCGCCCGACGAGGCAAACCAUCUAAAAUUUCGAGUGACUGUGCUACUAACUUCAAAGGUGCUAGUAAGGAACUGAAGGAGAUUUAUAAAAAUGCAGCUCGCAUUGAGAAAAGCAGUGAAUUAUGUGACUACAUUACCUCAGAAGGUAUAACUUGGUUAUUUAAUCCUCCGACAUCUCCUCACUACGGUGGCUUGUGGGAAUCUAAUGUGAAAUCCAUGAAAUUUCAUCUUAAACGAGUAUUAGGAUCCACACUUCUAACUUACGAGGAAUUUUUAACAGUGCUUACACAAGUGGAAACGUGUAUGAAUUCCCGUCCUCUUUGUGCGAUGUCUAGUGAUCCAAACGACUUUAGUGCAUUGACUCCAGGUCAUUUUCUGAUUGGAGCCCCUUUGCUUGCCAUUCCGGAAUCUGACUUGAGUGAUGUGAAAUCUUCACGACUUGCUCAAACGUUGGUCUCUAGUUCAACAGACUGUGCAACAUUUUUGGAAACGAUGCAUCGAGUCAUCUUAGGCACGGAGUUCUUAAAGGCCGCUAAAGCCAAGCUCAAUUUUCUGGAUAAUUCGAUCAUGCUGGAAAUGGAUCGGAGGGUGGUGGAGCCAGUGAAAGAACCUCAG